AUGGAGAAUCUAGAAUAUUUAGAAGAGAACAAUGAGAAUUCUAACUUCAGUGAUGAUAAAAAUGAGGAAGGUAAUGAAAAUUCGAAUAGCAGCUUUUCAGAUGACAAGAAUACUAAUUCUGGCACAAAUAUGCAUAAAACUUUAGUAACUAAAAAAAGUUUUCUACAAAAUGUAUUAGCACACUCAAAAAGUAACAGUAGUGAAGUAGAUAGUGAGCAAUUAGACCAUAUUAAAGAAAAAGAAAGCAAAUUAAAAGAUUUAAGCAGAAAUGAUAGUAUCUGCAAAAAUGUAGUAAAAAAAAAAAAUAGUAAUUUAAAAAAUUUAAGUGACAACAAUAAUAAUAUAUAUAAAGAGUUAAAAAUAAAAACAAAUGAGCUAAGCAGACAGGAUAAUAACACAAGUGAAGAAGAUAAAUUAUCAUUAACUAACAAUUUCCUAGACACAUAUAAUGAUAAAGAAAUAUGUAAUAAUAGUAAUAAUAACAAAAAUUACCUUAAAAAAGAUGAUAGCUCAAUUAAUUGGAGCACAAGUAAUAUAAAUACAGAUAGUAACUCUGAUUUUUCAAAGGUUGAAGUUAAGAUAUUAGAAAAUAAGAAGGAAGAAAUUGAAAGAAAGGGAAUAGGAGAAAAUUCUGAGAAUUUAUCAAAUACGAAAAAUAAAAAUGGACCUGAAUAUAACCAAAUUUUAAAUGACAUAAAACAAAAGAAACUAAAAGAGAUAAAUAUAGAUGAUAUUAUAGGUAAGGAAAAAAAUGAAAGUGCCCCUUUAAAAUCAAAACGUUCUAUAAGUUUUAUGAAAAAUGUAGAAGAUAAUAAUUUAAAAAAUAUAAAAAUAGAAAGGAAUAAAGAAAAUCCAUUAAUAAUGAACAAAUUUAAGAGAAAUAGUACUUACGAUAAUAAUGAAAAAAAGUUUAGCAACUUAAGAAAUAAUGCAAAUAGAUAUGCAAGUGCAAAUACUAGCUUUGUUGCAAAUGCAAGCACAAAUACGAAUAUGUUUUUUCAUUCACCAAGUGGAUCCUAUGGAAAUAUUAAACUCUCAGGUGGUAAUGUAAUGAUCAAAAAUGAAAGAAUUUUUGGUAUAAAUAAGAAUUUAAAGAAAGUAUUUGAGCAAUUUUUUUAUGAAAUAUGGAAGCAAAAUAUAAUAAUAAAUAAGGAAUUUUAUACAUCAAAUAAUAAGAAUGGAUUAAAUCCAUAUAAGAGUAAUUUUUCGGAGAGUUGUUUAAAUCAGUCCAAUGAAAAAGAGUUAGUAACACGAAUACCUUUAAAAUUUAAAGAUGAAACGUUAGAAACAUUGUAUGUGUUAAAUUUAAACAAUUGGAUAUCUUCGAGGAUGAUAAUAAUAGGAAUAAUUAUGUUAAUUUUAUGUUUUUUUAUAUGGUUUUUAUUUACCUGGUCCUUUAAAUCAAAUGCAUGGCAAAAAGACAGUUAUGUAGUUUUAUUGUUUCAUGCUUUAAUGGUUUUAAAUACUAUUAUAUUAAUAUUUUUUAUAAUUGUUGGAUCGUCUGAAUUAAGUAAAUAUGCAGAACUUAUGUCCUAUAUUUUGUUUGGUGUCAUGGUAAGUAUGUGGGGAUUGUGGAAUAUAGGUAUUAGUCUAACGUUGAAUGAAAACAUAACUUCAAAAGCAAUACCUUCUUUGUCAUCAGCAGCUGAAACUAUAUAUGCCCUUACCUUCUUUUGUGGAUUACUCCCUCUAGUAAUCAUGGAUGUGCUCAUUCCUUCCAGAACAAAAUAUAACUGGUUUAUCCACCUAAUAUUUAUAGUGCUAAAUUCGACUAGCAUAAUAUUAGUUUGCACCGCGAACCCUGCGUUUAUGCCUGCCGUAUAUGUGAUUUUUCGAGUUAUCGAAUACAUAAUGCUGUGUGUACUUCUGUAUAUGGGUUGUUAUACAUCAGAAUUGCAAAUUCGUUACGUUUUUUAUAACUUACUGAUAACUGGAUACAAAUUAGACAAAGUAGAAUCGGACAUGAACAAAAAUAACAAAAGUAAUAAAGAAAAAGUUUCAACAGCAAUUGAAGAUUUGAUUCUGAUGAUAAAAGAGUGCACAAAAGUCAUUUUAGAAAUAGAAAGUGAAAAUGAUGUAAAUUUUAAUGUGCUUAGUAAAACUUCUUACUGUACUAAUAUUUUAGAACAGUGCUUAUCAACAUUAACAAAAACAGACAAUCUUUAUAAUAUUGACUACGGUGCUUUCGAUAAACUUGAGAACAAGAAAUUUAUAGAAGCAUAUGUAAGUAAGACUAAGAGCAAUUAUUUAGCGGAUCAGAAUGAUCGUGUUGAUUUUAAAUUAAAUAAAUCCUUUUCGAAUAAUGAUUGUAUAUGUGUUGAUAAGGUAGAUAUAGACAAAAAAGAGAUUAAGAAAUUUUUAAAGGAAAUAGACAUUCCUCACGUAACAAAUAUGAUUCAACUAAUAGAUAACAAAAUUUUGUCUCAAUGGGACUUCAGUUGUUUGAGUUAUUUUGAAAAAUCAAAUUAUCCUUUUUUUGAUAUUAAUCUAUCGCUGAUGUUUACUAUUGAACACGAUAUUCCAAUUAAUUCAAUCAUCAAUUUUUUAUCCUUUGUUGAAAAACAGUACAACAAUGUGCCAUACCAUAAUACUAUACAUGCUACCAUGGUAACACAGAAAUUUUUUUGCUUGAGUAAGAAAUUAGGCAUUUAUGAUCACAUGGAAUAUAAAAUAAAAUUAGUUAUGUUCAUAUCAGGGAUUUGUCAUGAUAUAGGUCAUCCGGGUUAUAAUAAUUUGUUUUUUGUUAAUAGUCUACAUCCAUUAAGUAUUAUUUAUAAUGAUAUCAGUGUCUUGGAAAAUUAUCAUGCAUCUAUAACAUUUAAAAUUUUACAACUAAAUCAAUGCAACCUUUUAAAAUCAUUUUCGGAGAAGGACUUUCGCUUAAUACGAUUGUGUAUUAUUGAGUUAAUUCUGAGUACCGAUAUGAAGCAUCAUUUUGAGAUUAUUUCGAAAUUUAGAAUAAGAAGAGAGAACGAAGAUUUUGAUUAUAUAAAGAAUAACGACGAUUUAUUAGUGCUAAUCAAAAUGAUUAUAAAAAGCGCAGAUAUAUCUCAUGGAUCUGUUAAAUGGAAUGAACACUAUAAAUGGUGUCAGAGAGUACUGUGUGAAUUCUAUUCUCAAGGAGAUGAAGAGAUAAAAAAUAAAAUGCCUUUAUCACCUUUAUGCGAUAGAACAAAGCAUAAUGAAGUUUGUCAAUCUCAAAUUACCUUUUUAAAAUUUGUUGUUAUGCCUCUAUUUGAAGAAUUAACAUAUAUAAAUGACAAUAAAUUCAUAAGGAAUUUUUGUUUAAAAAGACUACACAGCAACUGCCUUAUGUGGGAUAAAUUUAUGAAAGAAGGUAAAGUAAUCAAAGUUUACGAUUCAUCUAAUGAGAACAAAAGAGAUAAAAUGAAAAAAAGAAUGGACAAAAGAAAAAAAAGUUAUAUCGAUUUGACGCUAUUUUUUAUAAAGAGUAUUUCUGAUUAA